CAUGGUUAAAUUUCUAGAUAACUAUCACAUGGCCGGGCAGUAUUCAGCGAAGGGCCUGAGCUCACUGAAAUAAGGGUGGGGUUACAUUGCUGAUAGGGCACCUGACCACGAUAGGGAUAGCCCGGGCAUUGGGAAUAUGGGGGCCUGAUGCAUAGAGGAACACAUCUUGGCGGGUAGAGGCUGUGUCGUCUUCCAAGAUUCCAUCUACUCGACUGUCUACAUGUCCCCGAUACCCUUGCCACUGUAUCUUGCCCGAAGUUCCUCUAUCCACCUUCCAGUUUCCCAACAUGUCUCCUCAAACAAUCCUAAUCAACUACACCCCCGACAAGCGGCUCUCGCUCAUGGACGCGACCACCAAGCAGCCGCUCUACCACGUCAAGGUCAGCCGGCAGACCCCGCAGAUGGAAAUGAUCCGCCUGACGGGCCACCUUCCUCCGACAGAGGGUGCGGGGGCCGACGCUACAGGGACCGGGAUGCGGCCCAUCCCCGCCGAUGAAGAGGCCUAUUUUGAAUCGCGCGUGUGCACCGCGCAGUUCAAGUUGACCAGUCUGGACGUGAAGUUGCGCAUACGCGAGCAGCGCAACAUUGAGCUGAAGCGGCAGAAGGUGCUGAGCACGCGGUACUCGUUUGUCUCGCCGGCGCUGUCGGUGGGCCAGGGGGGGGCUGUGGUCCUGACGUGGGAGACGGACUCGGAGAACAACGCGGUCGGGAACUUUCGGCUGGUGCAAGAGGGGGACAGCCAAGUGCUGGUCAAGUUCCGGAACGAGGCCUUCUCUAACGAGCGGGUGGGCACCUUUGAGGUGCUGGAUGGGGCGAUGGAUGAGUUAGUCACGGAUGAGGCUGUUAUCUCGGGGCUGGCGAUGCUGGCGAUGAACCAGAGUUUCAACCUGGCGGGGAUGGUUAUGUUUGGUCGUUCUUGAGCUCCCCCAGUGAUUCUCGUGGUGUUUCUCAUUGAUUAUGCGCCCUUGUCGUCCAUUAAAUCCUUCUGCUGAGUUUGUGA